AUGGCUUCCCCCGCUGCAGGUCGAGAUGACCCGAAUGCUUCCCCGAGGGACGAGCCGGCGACGAGCCACCCCGAGCCCGCCUGUGUGGAGGCGCAGAAAUGGAUAGAGGCCGUUACGGGGAAAAGCUUUGGAGAGAAGGACUUCCGCAGCGGAUUGGAGAACGGCAUCCUGUUAUGCGAGCUGCUGAGUGCAAUCAAACCAGGGCUGGUCAAGAAGAUCAACAGACUGCCCACCCCCAUCGCUGGGCUGGACAACCUAUCAGUCUUCCUGCGGGGCUGUGAGGAGUUGGGCCUGAAGGGCUCCCAGCUGUUUGACCCCGGGGACUUACAAGACACUUCCAUACGAGCUAACCUCAAGGACUCUGACUGCAGCCGCAAACUAAAAAAUGUGCUGAACACUGUGUUCUGGCUUGGGAAGGCUGCCAGCGGCUGCGCCUCCUACAGCGGCCCUACUCUCAACCUCAAGGAGUUUGAAGGGCUGCUUGCUCAAAUGAGGCUGGAGACUGACGAAGGAGGCGACAGUUCACAGAAGCGCAGCGUUCGGGACAGCGGCUACGACUGCUGGGACUCCGAGAGGAGUGAUUCUCUGUCUCCACCACGACACACUCGCGACAGCUCCCUAGACAGUCUGGACUCCUUUGGCUCUCGCUCCCAGCACAGCCCUUCUCCUGAUGUGGUGAACCGAGGCAACGGUGAUGGGCGAGGCAGUGACUCGGAGGCCGAUGCUCCCAGCAGGAGGCCAGAUGUGCGGAAGGAUGACAUGUUGGCCAGACGGACUGCCAGCAGUGAAGCAAGAAUCCCAAUUCCCUUCAACCAGUUUCUUCCCAACCGUACCAACGCCAGCUCCUACAUCCCGACUCCACGACGAAAACCACAUGCGGACGAAGGAGAGCAGCGCAGGAUGAGUCGGCGAGUUGCUUUUAUGUCUGAGGACACUGAGAGCGUGAGCAUGAGUGACAUACUUAACGAGGAGGAGACGGAACACUUACCGCCACUGAGCCAAUCACGAUAUGAGCGAAUGCACGAACAGUACAACAACUUUCAGGAAGAUGACGACCACUGGCAAAACGACUUGGCUCGUUGGAAGAACCGGCGUCGCAGCGCCUCACAGGAACUGAUCAAGAAAGAGGAAGAGAGGAAGAGGAUGGAGAAAAGGAUGAAAGAGGAAGGAAGUGACGGCAACAAGAGGAAAAGCAUAAAGACCUACAAAGAGAUCGUGGAGGAGAAGGAGCGCAGAGAGGCAGAGUUGUGUGACGCCUACAGGAAUGCUGCAACUCCAGAGGAGGCCGCCUUGGUUUUACAGCGUUACGCUCUUCGCUUCACCAUCAGUGAUGCAACACUGGACAGUCUCAAACUGCCCAGAUCCACUGAAAAUCCCAAAGUAAACCUUCCUCAGGCGGACAAGGAGCACAAAACCACAUCACCUAUUAAUGAGACAUCACAACCUCUGCACAAACCAGAACCACCUGUUAUAAAGGACCAGAGGCACACAGAACUGGAAAAGAUGGAGACAAAUAUAACGGUUCAACAAGAGACAUCAGUUUCAGUCUCCUCCAGCCCCCUCAGCACGGUCACAAACUCAGAAAAUGUGCCACCUCAGUCACUAGAACUGAAUGAACCUCGGUCCAAACCGACUGAGCCUCCAACCGCAGUACAAAAACAACCGAUUACUGGAGAAGAAAAGCCUCAAACCAAACCCACUCAGAUUGCACAUGUGCAGCCUCACACCACAGCCUCCCUCCCCUCACCUCCAUCUGUAUCCACCAGACCCCUCCCCCUGCUGGCAGCCAAGCCCUACUGCCAGCCCAGGAGCACACAGUCUGGACACAAACCUGUCAAGAUGGACGGGUUGGUGCGAGUGAAUGGAGAGGUGACGGAGGAUUUAUCUGUUUCCACUCCACCUACCUCCGCCCGUCACUCACCACCGGAGGUCAAAGACGUUCCCCCAAAAACGACGGAGAAAGAUGUUCCCUCAGAGAAGACAGAGAAAGAAGUUCCCUCAAAGACAACUUUGAAAGACGUUCCCUCAGUAAAGACAGAAAAAGACGUUUCCUCAGAGCAGACACAGAAAGACGUUCCCUCUGAAAAGACACUGAAAGAAGUUCCCUCAAAGACAACUUUGAAAGACGUUCCCUCACAGCCGACAGAGAAAGCAGUUCCAUUAGAGCUGACCGAGAGAGACGUUCCACUAGAGCAGACGGAGAAAGACGUUCCCUCCAAACAGACGGAGAAAGAUGUUCCCUCCGAGCAGAUUCCGGCCUCUCAGGAGACGGUGGAGCAGACGCCGCCUCCACAGACAGAAAGAUCGACCUCGUCUUUAGGCUCUGCCAUCAGCUCCCUGAUUGGAGGCAGAAACUGCACCGUCACGACCACUAUUGUGACAGAGCUCACACAUGUGGAGCCACAUCACCCCGACGUUCAAAGCAAUGGACAGGUCAGCAGUACUUCUGUGUCAUCUGAGAGUCUAGUGGAGGAAAAAAAGUCUCAGCCAGCUUCAUCGCCGAACAGCAUGCAAGAAUAUUCUCCCACUGUCACAGAGGGACUUGAGGAGAGCAGUGUGACUAUUGAGACCCCCAUGUUGAACUUGGCUAAACGUGUUAAUCACUGGGUCUGGGACCCCAAUGAGGAACGUAAACGCCUGGAAAGUUGGCAACAAGAGCAGGAACGCCUCCUACAGGAGCAAUACCAGAGAGAACAGGAGAAGCUGAAGCAGGAGUGGGAGAAAGCUCAGCUAGAAGUGCAGGAGCAGGAGAGGAAACACAAUGAGGAGGAGAGAAAGAUACUAGAGGAGACUGCUACACCCUUGAAUCCGACAGGUUUGUCAAACCAGCAGUCCGUCCAGACAGGGACGACUUCAUCAACUCCAGAGAAUAACCAGACAGAACGAGGAAACGUCGCUCCGCAGCAAAACGGCCAAAAAACCUCCACAGGGAACGAGGAUCAGCAUGCGUCCAAGCUGCAUUUCUUCCAGGAUUCUGCAUGUGAUGGUGAACCUUUAAAGAAACAAGAACUGUGGAAGACGACCUCUCUAGACCGCAACCCUCAACUGAAUCAGGCACAUUUUGUUAAAAGGUCUGAAUCACAUGACGCUGUAACAAACAAACAGCAGCCGUCUCCUUCAUCACCUCAGCCUCCCUCACCCACCAGAUGUGUGAGUGGGAAGAGACUAUGUUCUGGUUGUUCUCAACCGCUGGGGAAAGGAGCUGCCAUGAUCAUCGAUACACUGGGACUGUUUUUCCACAUGCAGUGUUUUAAGUGUGGAGUGUGUCAUGGGCAGCUGGGUGACGCAACUGCAGGGACAGACGUACGCAUUCGUAAUGGACUGCUCAGCUGUCAUGAGUGCUAUAUUGCAUCCAGGGGCAGAGGUCAGCCCACCACACUAUGAUGACCUGCAUUUGAACUGGAACCCCGCCCUCCCCCCCUUCCCCGCCUACUGUCCUCAUCAGUGAUUGGAUGGAGAAGAAUUCUAAAACCUUGACUCACAUUCUGGAAUGCUCUGGAGAACUACUGGAAUCACUCUUAGAGAUGUUUUUUCUUCCUGAAAUGAAACAACAGAAACAACAUCAAACAGCCAUUUGGAUUCUACUGAGAGCGUAAACUGGACUAAUAUGCAGACUGAGUGACCCCCAUCACACGCACAUAUAGUACAGUGUGUGUGUGUGAGCUUAUUAACUGGACACAUAUAUACACUUUAACAUUUUAAUGUGUGUAGCAUGGAUUUAAUAAAAUAAAUCAAUGUGUUUAGAUCUUUACACACCCAUACAUAGCACAGUUAAGACGCUAAAAAAGGCUCAGUUCUGUCACAAGCUUAGCAUGUUACGCUAAACGCUAAACCACCACACAUCAGUUUUUAAAUCUGGAUCCAUUAACCACUGCUUCUGCACUGAUCACGUGACUGGUUUGGGUUUGGAUAACCUGAAGUAGCUUGACCAUUUUAAUGCCUUACUCAUCGUCAUACCUUCUCAUUCUUUUGGGGUUUUUGUGUUUACAGUUUUUGCAUGAAAGAAGAACAUAUAUAUAAGUUAUUGUGAGUGUUGCUCAGAUGCAGUAGUGUGAGUUUGAUGUACGUCGUUGUUUUCAUCUCAACAGCUGAACUUUAACUUUCCUCUUGUAUGUUGUACAUCGUCCUCAUGAUAUAUUUUUGAAUUUUUAUGGGAAUCUGGCUAACUCACACAAGCUUUUGUUUCUCUAAAAUUAAUUUUACAGGAAUGAGAAUGCAUGUUAUUAAUUAUAUACUUGUUGUUCUUUGAAUUUUUUGAAUAUUUUCCCUUUAGGAUGUCUUUUAGCCAUUGUUUAUUCUCAUAGCCUGACUGCAUCCGAAUCAGUGCCUUAUGUAAAGAAUGCGAAGGCUAGUGUGUGUGGAGGAGUAAUUUAACACUCACACGGACCUCUGGGUCUCAGCACAUGUGUGUAUGUGUGUGUGUGUGUGUGUGUAUGAAAUCAUGCAUGUAUAGGUAUGUAAGCAAUGUGUGAUUUGACUUGAAGCACAGUUCCAUACCAGCAAAAAAAACAUUUUAAAAUGGAUCCCUUAAUCACCUGCUGUUCUCUUCCACCUCCUCCCAUGAGCUAAACCAAUGACACAAAGUGAUUUGCUGCUUCCUGGUUAAUUAUUCCCGCGUAUAAUGACAGCUUCACAAUGUCCUAUAAUCUCUCCUCGUCUGCCUCUAUCACAAGUGUUGCCUCCCCAAAGUCUGAGCUGAAUUCCUCUGUCCUUUGUGUGUCGUCUGCCUCUAUAUGAACACCUGACAGCGUCUUCAUCACUCGGAGGAACAGAGCGCUCAGUUCAUUGUCUUUUAUAGCAAGUGUAUGUUUAUCAAUAAAAUAUUUUAA